AUGCCCGUUCGUUUCUGGCUGACCGUUCCGACUAACGUUGCCCGCUUCGGAACAAUCUUCGAAGGAUCGGAUCGAGACCGCGGCGAAGUGGAGGCUGAUGAUGCGAGCAGUAGAAGUCACGUUUCAAGACGCUGUCGCGAUCGUCCCGGCCGUCUUGGGCCGAAAGAUGGCUUUCACGAGUGUCCCGAGGGAUAUAAGCCACCGUACAUGCGUGCGCAAUUCCUUGCCAAAGCGGGGCACUGAUGUGGUCCGAGCCGCUCGAUGGAGAGUAUGUACCAUGAGCGGCCAGCUACGUUGGGAGGGUCACAGUCCUCAACAUGCCAUUCAGUAGAAUGUGGUGGUUGCAGAAUAGGCAUCCUUCGUGAGCUAUUGCAGAGGUAGAAGUGCAGCGGCGAGGGAGAGCAACGUGCGGUCUGC